GGGCAGGGCCAGGGCUGAGUCACGUGGCUUGGUUGCCUACGCGCUGGUGGGCCGUGGGAAGAUGGCGGACGGAAAGGGAGACGCCGCCGCUGUCGCCGGGGCUGGGGCUGAGGCUCCGGCGGUAGCGGGAGCCGGAGAUGGAGCGGAGACUGAGUCCAUAGUUCGGGGUCAUCGCCCCGUAUCUCCAGCGCCGGGAGCCUCGGGACUGCGACCGUGUCUGUGGCAGCUGGAGACAGAGCUGAGGGAGCAAGAGGUGUCGGAGGUCUCAUCUUUGAACUACUGCCGGAGCUUCUGCCAGACCUUAUUGCAAUAUGCAAGCAACAAGAAUGCGUCAGAACAUAUUGUGUAUCUUCUGGAGGUAUAUCGACUUGCCAUCCAAAGCUUUGCCAGUGCACGUCCGUACUUAACUACCGAAUGUGAAGAUGUCCUCUUAGUGCUUGGCAGAUUAGUACUGAGUUGUUUUGAAUUACUGCUUUCAGUGUCUGAAAGUGAACUGCCAUGUGAAGUCUGGCUACCAUUCCGUCAGUCUCUACAGGAGUCACAUGAUGCAUUAUUGGAAUUUGGGAAUAAUAAUCUACAAAUAUUGGUUCAUGUUACCAAGGAAGGGGUAUGGAAAAACCCAGUUCUUCUUAAAAUUCUGUCUCAACAGCCAGUAGAAACGGAGGAAGUCAAUAAAUUGAUUGCACAAGAAGGACCUUCCUUUCUGCAAAUGCGAAUAAAACAUUUGUUGAGAUCUAACUGCAUCCCCCAGGCUACUGCUUUAUCAAAACUAUGUGCAGAAUCUAAAGAAAUUUCAAAUGUGUCAUCUUUUCAGCAAGCAUAUAUCACAUGUUUAUGUUCUAUGCUCCCUAAUGAAGAUGCUAUUAAGGAGAUUGCAAAGGUCGACUGCAAGGAAGUACUAGACAUCAUUUGUAAUCUGGAAUCUGAGGGGCAGGAUAACACAGCAUUUGUUCUUUGUACGACUUACCUUACCCAGCAGCUCCAAACUGCAAGUGUAUAUUGUUCUUGGCCAAAGGGACAAACCUGAUACACAGGAAACCUCUAAAAUGUAAGACUCUCUGUCAGUAAGUAUCAGAUUAGUGGUAUGGAUAAUGCUAUAGGAGAUCAGACAGAGGUGCUCACUGUAUACCAGAUUAUUAAAGGUGUCAGGGAGGAAGUAAUAUUUGAGAUUUAAUUCUAAGAAUGGGUUGGAUUUGCAUUAUCUUGAUUAGAGGAGCUCUGAGUAUUUCAGAACCUAAGGAUGGCUUAAAAUUGGAAAUGAGCAUUUUGUUUAUAGGAAAACCUAGUAAAGCCUUUUGUGUACUUCAGCCCUCAUUGAUCUCCCUCUGGAUCGUCUGUCUAUUUUUAUAGUUUUAUGGUUAAUACCAUUGUAUGUUACUAUAUUUCUUUCUGUUUAUUAUUUUAUGUAGAAAUUUUGUGUACUGUAAUCUCACCCAGUCCUCAUAAUAAUCAUUGUACAGGUGAGGCAGUGGGGGGAUCACAGGGACCAGAGAAAACUUGUAAUUGUCCAUGGUCUCAAGGCUAAAGUGGGAGAGCUGAGAUUCAAGCCCAGGUUUUAGACUUCUAAUCCAGUGCUUUUCUUCUGUAUACUUGUUUUCUUGGCAUAGGCCAAAAUUCAAAUUGUCGUUUUUUACCACCAAAUCCACUCUGCCAGAGUUAUACCUCCUGUGAGAAAGGAGAUAGUGGGAUAGGGACUUAAAUAUAAUUUCUUUAUAAUGAAAAAAUAUCCACCAUUAUAGCUAGGUUUUCAAUACAAAUAAUAAAUCAUAUAUAGAAUGUGUUAUAGUUUGUGUUUAAAAUUUUUCUCCCCUUCUUCAGUCAGCCACCAUUUACUCUUCCAGAGCUGUUAGUGGCUCUAGGAUUAAUGCUGUUCUUCUGUAGCAGGAAGAGAUUAACAGAGAGUUCCCUUUGUGGCCUCCUCAGGAGCCAUAAUGAGUAAAGGAAAGAAAAUCUUAGUCAUUUCACACUUUGUUAAAAGGAAGCUUCUUUCAAUUCAAGGAGCAAUCGCAUCUUUUUUUUUUUUUUUUUGAGAUGAAGUCUUGAUCUGUCACCCAGGCUGGAGUGCAGUGGUGUGAUCUCGGCUUACUGCAACCUCCGCCUCCCGAAUAGCUGGGAUUACAGGUGCACACCGCCACGCCCAACUAAUUUUUGUAUUUUUGGUAGAGACUGGGUUUCACCAUGUUGGUCAGGCUGGUUUCGAACUCCUGACCUUGUGAUCCACUGCCUCAGUCUCCCAAAGUGCUGGGGUUACAGGCGUGAGCCACCGCGCCUGGCCACAUCUUUUUUUUCUUCCCCUUCCAUUGUUUUCGAAAGCUUUUUUUUUUUUUUGCUAGUGGGAUGCUGGAGUUAGAAUAUUAGAAUAACAUAAAACAUUGAAUUUUGGCCAGGCAUGGCUCACGCCUGUAAUCUCAGCACUUUGGGAGGCCAAGGUGGAUGGGUCACCUGAGGUCAGGAGUUCAAGACCAGCCUGACCAAUAUGGUGAAACCCCAUCUCUACUAAAAAUACAAAACUUAGCCGGGCAUUGUGGCAGGCACCUGUAAUCCCAGCUACUUGGGAGCCUGAGGCACCAGAAUCACUUGAACCUGGGAGGCAGAGGUUGCAGUGAGCUGAGGUCAAGCCAGCCCAGGAGACAAGAGUGACUCUGUCUCAAAAAAAAAAAACAAAAAAAAAAACCAUUUAAUUUUACUAAGGAAAAUUAAUCACAGGAAUUCUGUUCAUAUGAGAUAGAUUCUUUUGUUAUGCUUGAGGUAGUGGGACAUAAGGAGUAUUUGUUUAGAAAAAAGCUUUUAAAUUAAGUGGUAUUUUGGAUAAGAGAGAUAUCAGUAUUUUUUAAAUGUGACAAUAAAGUUAAAAUAAUAAUAAAAGUAGUCAUGCUUAUUUUUAAACACAUAUGCUAGAAUUUAUUUCUUGGGAGUAUCAUUCUUGAGUGUAGUUACCAUUGAAGAUAAUAUUUGAAACGUAAACUAUGUAGCUAUUGGCCAGGCGCAGUAGCUCACGCCUGUAAUCCCAGCAAUUUGGGAGGCUGAGGCGGGUGGAUCAUUUGAGGUCAGGAGUUCGAGACCAGCCUGGCUAACAUGGUGAAAAUCCAGCUCUACUUAAAAUACAAAAAUUAGCCAGGCGUGGUGGCGUGUGCCUGCAAUCCCAGCUACCCUGGAGGCUGAGGCAGGAGAAUUGCUAGAACCCUGGAGGCAGGAGGUUGCAGUGAGCUGAGAUCGUGCCACUGCACUCCAGCCUGGGCAACAGAGCAAGACUCCGUCUCAAAAAAAAAAAAAAAAAAAAAAAAGAGGCCGGGCACGGUGGCUCAUGCCUGUUAUCCCAGCACUUUAGGAGGCCAAGACAGGCGGAUCACGAGGCCGGGAGAUCGAGACCAUCCUGGCUAACACGGUGAAACCCUGUCUCUACUAAAAAUACAGAAAAUUAGCCAGCCUGGUGGCAGGCCUGCCUGUAGUGCCAGCUACUCGGAAGGCUGAGGCAGGAGAAUGGUGUGAACCCGGGAGGUGGAGCUUGCAGUGAGCCGAGAUUGCGUGCCAUUGCACUCCAGCCUGGGUUACAGAGUGAGACUCCAUCUCAAAAAAAUAAAUAAAUAAAUAAAGCCGGAUGGUGGUGGUGCGCACCUAUAAUCCCAGCUACUCAGGAGGCUGAGGCAGGAGAAUCACUUGAGCCUGGGAGCGGAGGUUGUGGUGAGCCAAGAUCAUACCGCUGCACUCCAGUAUGGGUGACACAAUGAGACGCUGUCUCAAAAACCCAAACAAAAACAAAAAACUAUGUAACUGUCACUCAGAACAUUUUUUAUUCUUUUAGAAAUUUCCCUCAGAGACAUUUACAAACCACAGUAAAAAGUAAAGCUGUUUUAAACUUUAUAGCAGUUAUUGUUUAACUUAUUUAUUAAUCUUGACCUGAAAAGAUUUUUGGCUCUUGAAGAAAAUUAAAGAAGUACUAGAGGAGUAAGCUCCCUGUAGAUGCCUCUCAGUGGUAACAUAAUUGGAAUAGUCAUGUAUUUGAAAAAGGUGACCAUUUUGAGUGAGAUGAUGUUUGUAUAUAGAGAGGUGUAAUUACUGCAGCCAUUUUAAAGUCAUAAAGUUGAACUUUGAACCUCCACAGUAAGCUUUCAGUGAGUAUUUGAUAGACUGGCCUUUGCUUUCUGUAAUGUGUCUAAGCUUAAAUUUUGUGUUAACACAUUUGUAUUUCUUCAGAUGUAGUUACAUGUCUGUUCUGCCCCAGCUAGACUGUGAUAUACCAACCAAUAUGUUGUCUAAUUCACAGUUGUGUCCUCAGUAACUGGCGAAGACUAGCAUAUGUGUUUUAUUUAACAGAAUUGUAUGGGAGAGAAAAGAGGUCAUGGGGGUCAAUUAUUGUAAUAGCUUUAAAAAAAUUUUUUUUCUAUAAUAGUCUUUUUUAGGGGAUGAUCAUCCCUUAAUUCCACAGUUUUAUUUUCUUCAUUCCUAAAAUACCUAAAUUCUGAAUCUCAGUGUAACAUGUUAACUGGACUUCAUGGGCUUCUUGCUAUGUAGAAACACAGAGUGAUGUUUGUAUGUGUGUAUAUAUAUAUAUGUGUGUAUAUAUAUAUAUGUAUGUAUAUAUAUGUAUAUAUGUGUGUGUGUGUAUAUAUAUAUAUGUAUGUAUUUAUUUAUUUUUGAGACAGAGUUUUGCUCUUGUCACCCAGGCUGCAGUGCAAUGGUGCAAUCUCAGCUCACUGCAACCUCUGCCUCCCGGGUUCAAGUGAUUCUCUGCCUCAGCCUCCCGAGUAGCCGGGAUUAUAGGUGCCAGCCACCACGCCUGACUAAUUUUUUGUAUUUUUAGUAGAGACAGGGUUUCACCAUGUGGGCCAGGUUGGUCUCGAGCUCCUGACCUCAGGUGAGCCACCACGCUGGCCAAAACACAGAGUAAUUUAAAGUUCUUGCUUAGUAGCUAAAUUCCUACCAAAAUGUGUUUCUUGCUGUUAACAGAGCUAAAUUUCCUUUCCGAUUUUUAUAAAUUUAUAUAUAAUUUGUUGAAAUGAGCUAGGUAAUGGGCUAAAUCAAGGGUGUAGUAGAUCAUCUGAACAUUGGAAGCAUACAUAAAAUGGAAUCGUUUUCCAUGAUUUUCAGUGGUUGGCUUUUUUAAAAAAAAGUCACAUUAUUGUAGUAAUUGAAGAAGAAUUUAUCCUAGUGCAUGUUUGAUCUGUCAGGCUGUAGGUUACUAUUGGAUGUUGAUUUCAGUGUUCCAGUGUACAGAUUUGAAUGGAUGAUUGAAGUGACAUCUUGCAUCCUCAUGAGUAACAUACUGGCUGUCGUGGUUUCAGGCAUGUUUAUAUAUCUGGGUGGGUAAUCAUUUUACAUCAAUUUAUAACUGUGCAAAUAUUUUUACAAAAUACACCAUAAAAUGCCCAUUUUUGAUCAUGCUUAUUUGGAGUUAACAUACUUGGAGCCUGAAAUACUUAAUUUGGAAUAAACCAAGCCCUAGACAUUCUGACUUACUGUUUUAAAAAUUAUUUGAGUGGCCAGGCAUGGUGGUUUACGCCUGUAAUUCCAGCACUUUGGGAGGCCAAGGCGGGUGGAUCACGAAUUCCGGAGUUCAAGACCAACCUGGCCAAGAUGCUGAAACCCCGUCUCUACUAAAAAUACAAAAAUUAGCCGGGGAUGGUGGCGGGCACCUGUAAUCACAGCUACUAGGGAGGCUGAGGCAGGAGAAUCGCUUGAACCUGGGUGGCAGAGGUUGCAGUAAGCCGAGAUCGCACCACUGCACUCCAGCCUGGGUGACAGAGCAAGACUUCAUCUGGGAGGAAAAAAAUUAUUUGAGCCUGUAAUCCCAGUACUCCGGGAGGCUGAAGUGGGUGGAUCUCUUAAGGUCAGGAGUUCGAGACCAGCCUGGCCAACAUGGUGAAACCCCAUCUCUACUAAAAUUACAAAAAUUAGCCGGGCAUAGUUGCGUGCGCCUGUAGUCCCCAGCUACUCAGGAGGCUGAGGCAGGAGAAUUGCUUGAACUUGGGAGGCAGAGGUUGCAGUGAGCCGAGAUCAUGCCACUGCAUUCCAGCCUGGGCAACAGAACAAGACUCCAUCUCAAAAAAUAAAUAAAUAAAUAAAAAGGCCAGGCGCGGUGGCUCAUGCAUGUAAUCCCAGCACUUUGGGAGGACAAGGUGGGCGGAUCUCCUGAGGUCAGGAGUUCAAGACCAGCCUGGCCAACACAGCGAAACCCCGUCUCUAAAAAUACAAAAAUUAGCUGGGCGUGAUGGUGGUCGCCUGUAAUCCCAGCUACUCGAGGGAGGCUGAGGCAGGAGAAUCACUUGAACCCGGGAGGCGGAGGUUGCAGUGAGCCAAGAUCAUGCCAUUGCACUCCAGCCUGGGCAACAGCGUGAGACCCCAUCUCAAAAAAAAAAAAAAAAAUUAUUUGAGAGACCUUAAUUCUCAACCUGCCUUUUACCACUUUAAUGGAUUUACCUAACUUUGUUGCCAGGCUGGAGUAUAGUGGCAAAAUCGAAGCUCACUGCAGCCUUGAACUCCUGAGCUCAAGUGAUUCUCCCACCUCAGCCUUCCAAGUAUCUGGGAUUACAGGCAUGAGCCUGUGUGCCCGGCUUUAGUUAGUGAAUUUUAUUUUAUUUGAGAGAAGGUAUUACUCUGUCACCCAGGUUGGAGUAUACUGGUGAGAUCACAGCUUACUGCAGCCUUAAAUCCUGGGCUCAAUGACCGCCCCCCGCCCCCCCGCCUCUGCCUCCUCAGGUGUGCCACCAAGAGUGGCUAAGCUUUUUUUGUUUGGUUGGUUUUAGGGUCUUGCUGUGUUGCUCAGGCUGGUCUGGAACUCCUAGCCUCAAGUAAUCCUCUGCUGAGGUUAUAGGCAUGAGCCACCAUGCCCAGCCCUGCAGUAAAUUUUAGAUAGCUGACAUCAUUUACUCGUUUAUCUUUAUAAUCAGGAUUUACUGGCUUUGAUAAUUUUUGUUCUGUUCAAAUAGGACAGAUUUCACAUACAUAUGACAGAUUACAAAAGUUUUUAUUACUUAACGUGCUUAAAUCUGAAUAAAGCAAUUGUGUGUUUAAAAUGAACAGUUAUCCCAGCUUGCCUGGCUGGUGGCUAUUUUCACAGCUGGCCUAUCUCAAUUUUCACUUCUUGUGGUUAGUAAAGUAGCACUAGCCAAAUAAAGGCAAAUAUUUAAAGGCAUUUUAAAUUAAUUGUAUUUGUUAUAGCUCAAAUUUGCCAUCCUGUUAAGCUUCAUUCAUGUAUUUUUUUUUUUUUUUUUUUUUUCUUUUUUGAGACAGAGUCUUGCUGUGUCACCCAGGCUGGAGCUCAGUGGUGCAAUCUUGGCUUACUGCAACCUCCACCUCCCGGGUUCAAGCAAUUCUCCUGCCUCAGCCUCCUGAGUAGCUAGGAUUACAAGCAUGCACCACCACACCCAGCUAAUUUUUGUAUUUUUAGUAGAGACAGGGUUUCACCAUGUUGGCCAGGCUGGUCUUGAACUCCUGACCUCGUGAUCCACCCGCCUUGGCCUCCCGAAGUGCUGGGAUUACAGCCAUGAGACACCGCGCCCGGCCAGUCAUUUAUCUUUUGAGACACCAUAUAUUCAUUUCAAUCUUUGAAGCAAGUUUUAUAACUACUUAAAAAUUUCACCUUAUGCCGGGCACGGUGGCUCACACCUGUAAUCCCAGAACUUUGGGAGGCCGAGGCAAACGGAUCACCUGAGGUUGGGAGUUAGAGACCAGCCUGACCAACAUGGAGAAACCCCAUCUCUACUAAAAAUACAAAAUUAUCCAGGCGUGGUGGCACAUGCCUUUAAUCCCAGCUACUUGGGAGGGUGAGGCAGGAGAAUUGCUUAAACCUGGGAGUUGGAGGUUGUGGUGAGCCAGGAUCGUGCCAUUGUACUCCAGCCUGGGCAACAAGAGCAAAGCUCUGUCUCAAAAAAAAAUUACCUUACAAGAGCCCCAGUUCCCUCUUUAGAAAUACAAGAAAAUAAAUUCUGUUAAAUAUAUUUACUUUAAAUUACAUGUUUUCAUUUCUUAAGCUUUGGAUUUGUAGCCAACUUUCUGGGAAACAGUCUGUGUUAAUAGCAAUAUAGGAUAUCAGUGUUUUUAAAUUGGCUUAUGAAAAAGUACAGAUUUUUAAAUGAAAAUUAUUUAAUCAAUAUCCAUUGAUUUACUUAAAAGAGCCACAUGUAUUAAGUGAUAGCAUUCUUUUUAGUUUAGUGUUUUUUUUGUUUUUUUUUUUUUUUGAGAUGGAGUCCUGCCUUGUUGCCUAGGCUGGAGUGCAGUGGCGCUAUCUCAGCUCACUGCAACCUCCGCCUCCCGGGUUCAAGCGAUUCUCCUGUUCUCAGCCUCCCAAGUAGCUGGGAUUACAGGCGUCCACCACCACGCCCAGCUAAGUUUUAUAUUUUUAGUAGAGACAAGGUUUCACCAUGUUGGCCAGCCUGGUUUCGAACUCCUGACCUCAAGUGAUCUGCCCCCCUUCACCUCCCAAAAUGCUAGGAUUACAGGCAUGAGCCACCCGCCAUGCCUGGCCUUUUUAGUUUUGCUAUUAGAAGUGAUAACAUUCUUUUUAGUUUCACUAUUAGCUUUCCUUGCAUUCACAUUUUACAUUCUCAUUAGCAUUUCUAUCCUUGGCAUUGUUGAGUUUCUAAUGCUUUUUUGCUUGUUUUACCCAUUAAAUGUUUUUGUUUAAUUUAUUAUUUUCAAGCUUUCCUUUUGUUUCCAUAAUGAAUCUUUGUGAGAUUCCUGUAUUUUAGCCAUUUCCAAAAAGUGCCAUUUUACUUAUUUCGCUGGAAGUAUUUAACCAUUCCAAACUACAGGCUCUAAGUAGCAUCCUGACAUUUUAGAUCUGGAAAGGGCCCUUAAGAUCACUGUAUCGAAGUGUACCAUUAGAGUGUCUAUUUGUUGUAUAUAUAUUUCGUUCUUAGUUUAGUGAUGUCUGAUUAUCUCUGCCUGUUAGGACAGGGCUUAAUUCAAUCAGUAUAUUAAUUACCAGUGUGAAGGAUAAAACCUCAUAAUGCCACUGUUAAGGAUGUAGUGUUUUGUUUUUAUUUUUCCCCCCAAACACAAGAGAGAAGUCAGGGAAUUGUUACGGAGGAUUCUUAACAAUUUUAUCAGUUUGGGAGAAAGCAGUGGUGAAUAUAGACAGCUUUUAAUCUAGUUUUUGUUUUCUCUACUGUCAGCUUUCUACAGAUCAAAAAAUUGGGUUGCCGGGGGCAGGGCAGCAAAUACCAGUUACUUUAAAUGUUUUACCGUGAUCUUCUUUUUUUAUAGGGAACUGACUCUUUUUUGGAGUAAACUGCAAAGAAGAAUUGACCCUUCUUUAGAUACUUUUUUGGAGCGCUGUCGUCAGUUUGGUGUCAUAGC